AUAAAUCCUAAAUCCUAAAUCCUAAAUGCUGCUGUGUCCCCACAGCUGGAGGGACAGCAUGCCUGCCACUGCUGCUGUCAGCCCCAGUGAAUACCUGCAGCCUGCAGCUGCCUCUGCCACCCAGGACUCCCAGCCCUCUCCCCUGGCCCUGCUGGCAGCCACAUGUAGCAAGAUCGGUCCCCCGGCCGUGGAAGCCGCCGUGACGCCGCCGGCCCCUCCGCAGCCCACCCCUCGCAAGCUGGUGCCCAUCAAACCCGCCCCGCUGCCCCUGGGCUCGGCCAAGAGCAGCAUUGGCAUCCUGUCCUCCAAGGGGAACCUCUUCCAGAUCCAGGGUUCCCAGGUUGGCACCUCCUACCCCGGGGGGCAGCUGGUUUUUGCCAUCCAGAACCCGGCCGUGCUCAACAAAGGUUCGCGCUCCUCGUCCUCGUCGUCGCCCUCCUCUUCCUCCUCCAGCAUCCAGUACCAGGCGGUGCCACAGCUGCAGCCUGGCACGGCUCAGACCAUCCAGGUGCAGCCCAACCAGAUCCAGAUCAUCCCAGGCACCAGCCAGGCCAUCCUCACUCCAUCCUCCUCCUCCUCCUCCUCCUCCUCGUCCUCGCACAAACCCGUGCCCAUCAAACCGGCGCCGGCGCAGAAGGCGGCGCCGGCCACGAGCGGCGUGGUCAAACUGCCGGGGGGUGGCAAUGUCACCUUAACCCUGCCCGUCAACAACCUGGUGAGCCCCGAGGGGAGCGGGCAGAGCCAGCUGGGCACGGACAGCCCCUCAAAACUGGGGAAAAAACCUCGGAAAAAGGCCUCGUCCCCCGGGCAGCCGGCUGCGGUGGCCGUGGCGGAGCAGGUGGAGACGGUGCUGAUCGAAACCACGGCGGAGAACAUCAUCCAGGCUGGGAACAACCUGCUGAUCGUGCAGAGCCCUGCCUCGGGGCAGCCAGCAGUGGUGCAGCAGGUGCAGGUGGUGCAGCCCAAGCAGGAGUCGCAGGUGGUGCAGAUCCCGCAGCAGGCGCUGCGCGUGGUGCAGGCGGCGUCGGCCACGCUGCCCACGGUGCCGCAGAAAUCGUCCCAGAACUUCCAGAUCCAGGCGGCCGAGCCCACCCCCACCCAGGUACAGCCCCCCAGAAAUCAUCCCCAAACUGAUCCCAGCAUGCCCCUUUUCCCUCCCUCCCCAGGCCAGCAGCAGCUGACGGUGCAGAACGUGUCCGGCAACAACGUGACCAUCAGCGGGCUGAGCCCCACCCAGAUCCAGCUGCAGAUGGAGCAGGCGCUGGCCGGGGACAUCCAGCCCGGGGAGAAGAGGAGGAGGAUGGCCUGCACCUGCCCCAACUGCAAGGACGGCGACAAGAGGUGAGCGCAGCCAGGGGGAAGGGCUGAUCGCGAUUGGAUCCGCCUCUCAUCCCCCUGGAUCCGCCCCUCAUCCCCCUGGGUCCGCCCCUCAUCCCCCUGGGUCCGCCUCUCCCAAAUAACUGCUAAUCCCGUUUGGAUCCACCUUUCCUGGAGCGGCUCAUCCCCCUGGAUCCUCUCCCAGGCUGACCCCUCAACCCUCUGGAUCCUCUCCCAGAAUAACCCCUCAUCCCCCUGGAUCCUCUCCUGGGUUUAACCCUCAUCCCCCUGGAUCCUCUCCUGGGU